UUAGCGCUGUCAGUGUCAAUGGAAAUUUUCAAAAUGGGCGAUUUGCGAUGAAAAUUAUAUUGUUGGUUAUGGUUUGGUUAAUGUAAUCCUAUUAUUUACGAUUAAUGCGUAAUAAUCUAUUUUUGGUUUACCAAUUAAUUAUGAUGGCGUGGAGAUCCCACGGAAAGUCGAACUCUGACAUGGUACAACAAUUAAGAGCAAAUGGCAUUAUUAAAAGUGAUACGGUGGAGAGUGCGAUGUUGGGGGUGGAUCGUGGUAAUUUUUGUUUAAAUAAUCCUUACAUGGACGCACCACAAGGUAUCGGGUAUGGUGUCACUAUUAGCGCUCCUCAUAUGCACGCACACGCUCUAGAGUUGUUAAAAGAUAAGUUAGUUGAAGGCGAACAAGCUCUCGAUGUCGGUUCCGGUAGUGGUUAUCUUACGUCAUGUAUGGCGAUUAUGCUUGGCAAAACUGGUUUGGCAGUUGGUGUAGAGCAUAUUCCAGAGUUGGUAACAGUCGCGCUAAGAAAUAUUGAAAAGAAUAACAAGGAUUUGUUAGAUUCAAAUCGUGUAGUCUUAAAAGUAGGCGAUGGUCGACUUGGUGUGCCCGAUUUGGGACCUUAUAAUGCUAUACACGUAGGUGCGGCUGCACAAACAGUACCACAACCAUUAAUCGAUCAAUUAAAGAUUGGCGGACGUUUAAUCGUACCUGUAGGCCCCGCAGGAGGAGAUCAACAACUCGAACAAAUUGAUAAACUAGAAGAUGGCAGCAUAAGACGUACACCACUUAUGGGGGUUAUUUAUGUACCACUCACCGAUAAAUCCAAACAGUGGGCGCCUUGGCGUUGACUGGUUUUUACCCCAACCGUCGCUUUUAUCUUAUAUUUUAAACUCUAGUCAGUUAUAUGAAACUCCUGUAUUAAAUUGCUGUGAAUUUUAAGGAAUGACAAAUUUUA